AUGAAGAGGGGUCGUCUGACGGCUCUCUGCUUGGCACUCUCCCUCGCCGCCAGCGUGGCCGCCGGGGAGCAGUUCAAGGUGGGCGACGAGGAGGGGUGGCGGGAGCCCGACCCCGCCCACGCCGACAUGUACGCCCUCUGGGCAGGCAGGACCACCUUUCGCGCCGGCGACUCCCUCUGUAAGCUUCUUUCUUCUUCCUCCUAUGUUUUCUGUCUACUGGUCUCCGAUGGGCUUCUGUCUUUCCCGUUCCUCCUCUGUUUUUCUCUCUCUACUGGUCUCCGAUGGGCUUCUUUCUUCUUCUUCCUCCUGUGUUUUCUGUCUACUGGACUCAAAUGGGCUUUCGUCUUCUUCCUCUCGUGUUUUCUCUCUCUACUGGUCUCCGACGGGCUUGCCUUUCUUCUUCCUCCGGUUCUCUCCCUCUGUCUCUCUCUACUGGUCUGAGGGUCUCUGGGUGGCGCAGACUUCGAGUACAGCAGCGAGGACUCGGUGCUGCUGGUGGACAAGAGGGGCUACUAUCACUGCAACACCACCAACGCCACCGCCGCCUUCCACGACGGGAAGACCCUCUUCCCCCUCCCCGCCGCCGCCCUCCUCUACUUCAUCAGCGGCGCUUCCGGCCACUGCCCCCACGGCCAGCGCCUAAUCAUCGACGUCCUCCCACCGGCGGUGGCACCAGUACCCUCCCUCCCACCGAUGGCGGCGCCGCCACCCUCCCUCCCACCGGUGGAGGCACCGCCACCCUCCUUCCCACCGGUGGAGACGCCGCCGCCCUCCCUCCAACUGGUGGAGACCCCGCCGCCCUCCCUCCCACCGGUGGCGGCACCGCUGCCCAGCGCCGCCGACCCGCGACCGGUGGCGGCGGGUCUCGCCUCCCUGGUGAUGAUGGCUGUGGCUUCCCUGUGA